AUGGACACGCCCCUGCCCUCCGGCUCGGACUCGGAUUCGGAAGAAUCUCUGGUCACAGACCGAGAGUUGCAGGAUGCGUUUUCCCAAGGGCUUCUGAAGCCAGGCCUCAAUGUCGUGCUCGAGGGUCCGAAGAAAGCCGUGAACAACGUGAAUGGCCUGAAGCAGUGUUUGGCAGAAUUCAAGCGGGAUCUGGAAUGGGUUGAAAGGCUGGAUGUCACCCUCGGUCCGGUGCCAGAAGUCAGUGGACCUCAGACAACACCUCAGAACAAGGACCGGAAAGCUGUUGAUCCCGAAGAUGACUUCCAGCGGGAGAUGAGCUUCUACCGGCAGGCCCAGGCUGCAGUGCUUGCAGUGUUACCUCGGCUCCAUCAGCUCAAAGUCCCUACUAAGCGGCCCACUGACUAUUUCGCAGAGAUGGCUAAGUCUGAUCAGCAGAUGCAGAAGAUUCGACAAAAGCUGCAGGCUAAACAGGCCGCCAUGGAGAAGUCAGAAAAGGCUAAGCAACUUCGAGCACUUAGGAAAUACGGAAAGAAGGUGCAAACAGAGGUUCUUCAGAAGAGGCAGCGGGAGAAAGCACACAUGAUGAACGCCAUUAAGAAAUACCAGAAAGGCUUUUCUGACAAACUGGAUUUCCUUGACGGAGAUCAGAAACCUGUUGCACAGAGCUCAAAGGGAGGAGCUAAAGGCCAGCAGAUGAAGAAGGGUCCCAAUGCCAAACGACGCUAUAAAAACCAGAAGUUUGGGUUUGGUGGUAAGAAGAAAGGCACCAAGUGGAACACUCGUGAGAGCUACGAUGAUGUAUCCAGCUUCCGGGCCAAGACAGCUCAUGGCAAGGGCCUCAAGAGGCCAGGAAAGAAAGGAUCAAAUAAGAGACCUGGAAAACGAACAAGAGAGAAAAUGAAGAGCAGAGCCCGCUAA